AAAGUAACUGUAAUAUUAUUACUGAAAUCUUAUUAGUAAUUAGUUACACUACUAGUUACUCCAAAAAAGUAAUAUUAUUACAGUAACUAAAUUACUAGUAACUAUUUACUGCCCAACACUGACUAUAACUAUAAAAAAAUGUAUUAAUAAUAGUGAUAAUAAUAUUAUUGCACUUUAUUUUUCAUUUUUUAUAAAACACAGUCACGUGAUCAUAAACUCCUCCCUCUUACAGCUCUUACCAGGAAGAGACGGACGUGUUAUUUCUGCUUUCUGUCACACUGACUCUCUUCUCUACUGACAAAAGCAAUAAAGAAUCAGCCAUCAGUGAAGAACCAAGAGAAACACUUUACAGAAGGAUCUUUGUGAAGUUUGUUUCUGAAUAGACAGCAGAUCUUUGUGAUUCUGGUGGUGAUUCAUUCUUUAAACUGUUGUUCAGAAAGUGAAAGUAAAGUUUAGAUCGCUGGAGCUCAAAGACUGAAAAUGGCUUCUCUAUCUGAAGAUGAUUUUUCUUGUCCUGUAUGUCAGGAAAUAUACAAUAAUCCUGUUGUUUUAUCAUGUAGUCACAGUUUCUGUAAAGAGUGUCUUCAACAGUUCUGGAGAACCAAGAAAACUCAGGAGUGUCCCGUCUGCAGGAGAAGAUCCUCAAAACCUGAUCCUCCAUGUAAUCUUGUGUUAAAAAACUUGUGUGAGUCGUUCCUGAAGGAGAGAAAUGAGAGGCGUUCAUCAGGAUCUGAGGAGAUCUGCAGUUUACACAGUGAGAAACUCAAACUCUUCUGUCUGGAGGACAAACAGCCGGUGUGUUUAGUGUGCAGAGAUUCAAAACAACACGACAAUCAUAAAUUCAGACCCAUCGAUGAAGUGGUUUCAUCAUAUAAGGAGGAGCUGAAUACAGCACUGAAAUCAUUACAGGAGAAACUAAAACACAAUGAAGAAAUGAAAGGAGAGUUUGAGAAAACAGCUGAACACAUCAAGUCUCAAGCUGAGCACACAGAGCGUCAGAUUAAACAGCAGUUUGAGAAGCUUCAUCAGUUUCUCAGAGAUGAAGAAGAAGCUACAAUCACUGCACUGAGGGAGGAAGAGGAGCAGAAGAAGCAGAUGAUGAAGGAGAAGCUGGAGGAGAUGAACAGACACAUCUCAGCUCUUUCACACACAAUCAAAGACAUGGAGGAGAUGAUGAAAGCCAGUGACGUCUGCUUUCUGAAGGAGUUUCCAGUCUCAAUGGAAAGAGUCCAGAUCUCAUCACAGCCGGAUCCACAGACGCCUUCUGGAGCUUUGAUUCAUGUGCCACGUUACUUGGGCAACCUGCCCUUCAGAGUCUGGAAGAAGAUGCAGGACAUCGUCCAGAACACUCCUGUGAUUCUGGAUCCAAACACGGCUCAUCGAUGUCUCCUUCUGUCUGAUGAUCUGACCAGUGUGAGAGACAGCGAUGAUCAACCUGUUCCUGAUAAUCCAGAGAGAUUUGACUGUUAUCUCUGUGUUCUGGGUUCAGAGGGUUUUAACUCAGGAACACACUGCUGGGAUGUGGAGGUUAAACAGAGUUCAGACUGGAGUCUUGGAGUAACUACAGCAUCAAACCAGAGGAAGAGACGGGGUUUCUAUAAGACUGAUGUCUGGAGUGUGUGGUAUCGUCAGAAAGGGUGGGGUUUCUUCAGCAUUUUGAAGUAUAAUCUGUUAGGAGUGUCUCUAGGUUCUGGUUUUCAUGUUGAACAGCAGCUUGAUCGUGUGAGAGUGAAUCUGGACUAUGACGGAGGAACGGUGUCAUUCUCUGAUCCUGUAACUAACACACAUCUACACACAUUCACAACCUCCUUCACUCACACACUCUUCCCUUUCUUCUGUUGUUCUUCCUCUCUGAGGAUCUUAUCGAUCAAUAGUCAGUAAUCUGUAGAUCUGGAUCUUCCUGCUUUCAUCUUUCAUCAUGUUUCAAUAUUUAAUCCAGAUCACACGAGUAAGAGACUGUUGAUCUGAACAUCAGAUCAGAAAACAAGUGCAUUUAUUCAUCUUUAACAAUGAAAAAUUAUUAAAACACGUGAUGAAGGAUUCAAAUAAAUCAUCUUAAUCAUAUCUGAGCAAUGAGAAACAGUGAUGUCACAAAUCCCUGUCCAUAGCACCCUAGCAACUACCUAGCAACCAUCUAGAAAUACUUGAUUCAGCUGCAUGAUAAUAUCAUAUUGUGUGUAGUAUUGCAGAACUGAAAGAGUCACUUCAACACAUUUCAGUGUUUGUUUAAAUGAAUAAUUGUUUAUUUCAGUUCUAGAGAUUAAAUUAUCAUUUGUUUAUUGAAGUAAAUGAAUGUAAAAGGAUCUUGAUCCACAACAAUGUUGAAUAAAAUAUUAAUAUUUAGUCAGAAAUACUUGAUUCUGCUGUUU